AUGAUUGAUGCUAUGUCAUUAAAAGCACAUCUAUUCUUUAAUAUUAAAGAAGACAAAAUUACCGGAUUCCACGAAAUUGAAGGAUUGCAAUCUCCCGAACCCGCUAAAAAUGCAUUAGUAAUAAUGGUUCGUGGUAUAUUUGUAAAUUGGAAACAGCCUAUAUCAUAUGCAUUAAUUUCAGAAUGUCGAAACUAUGAAGAAAUAAAUAAAUGGAUUGAUAAAGUACUGCAAAAGUUAUUCGAAAUUGGUCUUAACGUCCGUAUUUUUGUGUCCGAUCAAGGGUCUGAUUUGUGGAAAGCUGCCAAACAAAGAUCAGUUUCAAUUGAAAGACCAUAUUUUUUUAUGAAUAAUAGAAAAAUUUAUUAUAUUUUUGAUGCACCGCAUCUAAUUAAAAACGUUCGAAAUAACCUGAUGCAAUAUGAUUUCCACUUCGGUGAUUCUAUAGCGAAAUAUGAUCAUAUUGUAAAGUUUUAUAAUCAGGACAUAAGAAAGAGUUUAAGGCUUGUACCUAAACUUAACAACAGUCAUAUCAAACCCACAAACUUCGAGAAAAUGAAGGUUUGCUAUGCGACACAACUUCUUAGCAAGUCCGUUGCAAAUGGCAUUCGUACGUAUAUAGAUAAUAAUGAAAUUGAAGAAUCCGGUAUAGACACGGCUAACUUUUUAAUGAUGAUGAAUAAUUUGUUCGAUUCUUUGAAUACAUAUAAUGUAAGAAAUAAGUAUGAAUAUAAAAGAGCGUAUGAAGGCAAUGAGUCACAAAAGGUAUUUUUUAAACAGAUGUUAAGCUUUUUCAAAGAUUUAAAAUUAAAGAAUCCAAAGAAUGGCAAUUACGUUACAUCGAGGGUUAGAUUCAUCGAUGGUUUCCAAAUAACUAUUACAUCCAUAAUGCUCUUGUUCGAUGACUUGCGGGUGGAAGGAUUUAAUUUUCUUAUGACAAGAAGAUGCAAUCAAGACGCUCUUGAAAAUUUAUUCGGACAAAUACGAACGAAAAAUGGCACGGCUUUAAAUCCGACUUGUAGACAGUUUGCAUCGGCGUUCAAAAACUUAUUUUUCUGCAGCAUCAUAAAACCUCCAAAAGGCGGAAAUUGUGCAGAUGAUUUUGGAACUCUUCUUGUUCAAACGACGAACGAAAAAGUUACUACCGAUAGCGAUGCAUUACCGAUAUCAACCAACGAAAUAUUAAAUACAGAUUAUGAAGAAUUUUCCAGCAUCCAAAUUACUAGUUCGGAUUACAAUCAGCUAGAUAUGCCAGAAAAAAUUCUCUUUUUUAUAUUUGUGGGUAUCUUCUUAAGCGUUGUUUGGAGAAACAUGAUUGUCACGCUUUGA